AUGGUCAUGGAAGCCAUACCAAGCCCGGACGCUGUGGGUCGAGAAUUUGUUCGACAAUAUUAUACUUUGCUAAAUCGUGCUCCAACUCACGCUCAUCGUUUUUACAACAGUAAUUCUUAUUUCGUACACGGAGCAAUGUCGAAACCAGCUAUCGGUCAAAAGCAGAUCCAUCAAAAAAUUCAGCAGCUAAAUUUCAGGGAUUGUCACGCCAAAAUUAGCCAGGUGGAUUCUCAAGCGACUCUCGGGAAUGGUUUGGUUGUCCAGGUUUCUGGCGAAUUGUCAAACGAUGGGGAACCCAUGCGUCGGUUUACCCAAACUUUUGUUCUUGGUACUCACAGCCCUAGAAUGUAUUAUGUUCAUAAUGACAUUUUUCGUUAUCAAGACAUGCUUUUAAGUGAUGAAGAAGGCGAGUCUCAAUCGAGAGAAGAAGACACAGAUCCGCCGCAAGAAGUUCAACCUGAUAGUCAAGCUCCGGGUGGAAUUCAAUAUUUUAACACCAGCACUUCCGGCCCAGUUGAAACUCCCAUGGUACCCAAUCCUGGAGCAGCGCAAAGCGUUUCACUCAAUGGUAAUGCUCUUCAUAAUGAAAACCUUCAAUCAGGGCAAACUCCGAUCGUGCCUCCCGUACAGGAACCCACACCCGUAAUCAAUGCAAAUGAACCAAAGACGUAUGCCAACCUUUUAAAAAUGGAUCGUAUGGGAUCCGGAUUGACGGGUUCAUCGGGAACAACCGUUGUAAAUCGUUCGAUUCCGAUAUUCAACACCAUAUCCGGAUCCGGACCGCGUCUCGAAGAAAGUCCUCAGCAAGGCCGUCCGCCCAGAGCUCCGGUUCGAGGAGGUCCCACCAGGGGAAACAAUAGAAAGGAAAGGAGCAGCGGACCUUCUAGAACGAGUUUUAACGAAGACGGAGGAGGGAUUAUGGGUACAAAUGCGACGGAUAUGCAGGAAAGGAGGAGAAACCCGGUGCAAUACAAUGAUAAUCACCAACUUUUUAUGGGAAACCUACCUUUAGACGCGACCGAAGAAGACCUCAGAGAAAUUUUCAGUAAAUUUGGAAACAUAGUCGAUCUAAGAAUUCACAGUAAAACGAAUACAAGCACAAAAGGACCUCCUGGUAAUCGGGUGCCCAAUUACGGUUUUAUCACUUUUGAACAUCCGCAAUCUGUUCAAGACGUACUUAACAAUAAGCCCAUUUACUUUCCGAAAGAGGGUGGUGUCAAAUUAAACGUAGAAGAAAAGAAAACAAAGCCUAGAUCAUCUCUUCCCUCGCAAGGAACUGCCGGAGGUGGCGGCGGCGGAGGAGGCGGGAGCAACAACGCAGGAGGAGGCGGUGGCGGUGGCGGAGGAGGAGGAGGAGGAAAUGCAGGAGGUAGCGAGUCUAAUUGGUCGGCCGGUAGAGCUCCUCCACGCGGUGGACCUUCCACACGGGGCUCAAGGGGUGGAGGUGCCCGUGGAAAUUUCAAUCGUGAUUCUAGAGGACCUCCCCCUAAUCAACGAUCAAAUUUCACACCACGUCGCUAG